AUGAAUACAAGUCCAACAACAUCGUCACCAUUUCGUCAAAAAAGCAAAACAAUGGGAUAUAAAUCCUCACCAACAGUAGCACAUCAAUUAGAAUUGGCACUCCAAGAUGAAGAAGAACAUCGCAUGCAACAACAUUUAGAACAUGCCUACAAUCGUUCAAAUUCCACUACUAAAACUAGUACUACUGCCACUAAUCGUUCUCAUUCCACUCUCAGGAAACAAUAUUUUAGACAUUGUAGAACUGAUAGUGAGAAUGAGAGGGAGAAUUCCAAGAGAAUGAGUAAAACACUGCAAGCUAAUGAUGAAAGAAACUGGAAGAAACAUCAAUCGUUAAAGAUGGAUCCUUUGGAUAGGAUUGGUUAUUCUGCUUCUAUGAUGGAUUCUUCUUGUGGAAGUCAAUCAACAACUAACCGAAAUAUUUUCAGCAAGUUUAUUUCAAAACUCUCAAAGAAGAAGAGUUCGAAUAAUUUAUUCUAA